AUGGAUGAACGAGUCUGUAUUAGGUUUACUUGGCUUAACAAUUACCAACCUACUAUUAUAUAUGCUAGAAAUAUGGGUCUUACCGUUUGUCUCAUUGUGCUACUUAAUAAUAGUACAAUCCGAAGCCAAUUAAGUAUUCAAUGCGCCAAGGAAUAUCAUAAGAAUCGCGCGUAUAGUAGUUACAUGAAGGCUGUGAUGGCUUACUGUCAUGAUCUUUAA